ACACUAAAAUAAAAAUUUAUGAGUGGCAUCCCUUUUAAAAUUGCUAUGGUUACAAAAUGGAGUUCAAACUUUGAAAGAAGAGGAAAUAAAGCACAUUUUCUGACUGAUAAUAUUGGUAUACCGUAUUACCUUCUAAUAUAACGUUUUACUUCAAGAAUAUACAGACUCAUAAAAGUAAGUUAAAAUGAUAAAUAUAUUGCUAAUAUAUAUAGAAGCUGAAAUGAAGCAGGAAAUUAAGUUGUAUUAUAAUUAAUUUUAUAGAAGUCAAAAUAAAUAUUAGUUUGGUCAUAAUCAUAAUGUCAUAAUGUAUCAGUCACAUAUAAACAUUUUCAAAGUAUAGUGUUUGGUUUUAUUUCAGCAACUACAUAGAUUAAAAGUUUUCUCCAAAUGAAACGAAAUGUUUAAAAUUAUAUAUAUAUUUUUUGACAAAUGGAACAAAAAAUUUAUAUUAUAUUGCCUUGAAAAGGCCCAACUUCUGGAAAAAUGGUAUCAGUCUCAGGGACAGCUGCUGCUCCCCCUGCACUGCCCUGGCUAUGCUCAGUGCUACUGCCCCCAUAUACAUACAAUAAGCUUACCAGAUUUUCUGGAUGUCAAGUACGGACACAAAGGCUUACAGCAACCGGAACCAUAUGGGGCUGGGGGGCUGGUGUUGUGCUUGACUUUUUUUUUGGACAACACCCCCCACCCCCCGAAAAAAACUAAAAUAUAAAUAUAUAAAUUUGUUGUAAGUAUAGGAAGCUUUUAGCCCUCAUCCCCAUAAAAACACCAAAGACAUAAAUUAAUUUAAUAGAUAAUUUUCCGCGGGUUUACACCGCCAACAGUUUGGCCAGCACAGUGGUCCCCAUAAUAUGCAUAUUCUAUAUGCGUCGCUCUCGGUGCCAUGUUGCCCUCUGACAGAGCCAUGAGAAUGGGACAAAGAGGGCAGUCACAGCAAGCGCCAAAAUCGUCUUUAGAUAGGAUCUUAAUAGUAAAUUAAAGUAUCAAAUCCGAUAUACUUUAGAAUGACUAGGAGGAGGGGGGGGGGGUCGCCUUUUCACUAAUGCACCCUGGAGGAACUUUUUAUAUAUAGCAAGGGGCACCAUUUUCCAGUUUCGACCCAGGUGCAGCAUAUCCUACGCAGCAAACUAAAAACAGUAAAAACAGAAUAAAAUAGAAAUAGCACUUAACUGAAAAGUAGUAUCAGAGAGAGAAGCAAAAGAAUGGUGAAAACAUAAAUUUGACAUUAGCUUUGGGAAUCGAAACAUUAUACGAACCACUGAACUAGCACAUUGAAGAAAUGGUGGAUGAAUUAUUACUGAAAUACUGUUACUACUGAGUACUGUUGAAGCGAUAUCUGGCUAGUUCAUAUGUGAAAAGAAAUGGCAACAUUAUAAGAUAAUUCCUGCACAUCUUUGUGUGAUAUUUUUAAAGCAUUGGAGAUAUAAAUUAUUCUAUUUUUGGACUGUCCAAUAGAGCUGAACUAUUCACUGUGCUUGCCUUUGCAAAGAAAUAAGAUAAGUUAAAUGGAAAUCAGUAAAUAAGACAAGCAAGUCAUCACUGCCAAAAGUACGGACAAUCCGGACAACGAGAGGAAAGUAUGGACAAAUUUGGACGCAAAAAUUAGCACUGACAAGGGGUUUGAAAAUACAAACUGUCCAUACUAAAUAUAGACUUCUGGUAACCCUACGUACAAACACUUUCUUUUUUGCCUAAAGGUUAUUUUAAAGCAUUUCAAAUUUAAAGGUGGAGUUUUUUAAACCACUGCAGUGUGUUACUUAUAUAAUUAUAAUACAUCAAUGUUUUUAUACUUAUUUGUUUCAUUGCUGUAAAAAUAAAUUUAGCUUCUAUUCUUUGUAGAAUGUCUGAGAUAAUAGAAUUUCAGCCUGGAUCAACAGUUACACGACCCAUGAGCACAGAUACAGUUACCGGUACAAAAAAUUUGAGUAAGCAGUUAAUUUCAAAAAAGGGUUUUAAGCAAUAUCCAUUUAAUAUUCGUAAACAAUACUUUAUUAAAAGAAACUUUGUAUUUGCACCCUGAAAUGUUUAACUAUUAUCUAAAUCAUUGUAUCUAUUUAUUUAGCAAAAGGCAAUUUUUUAAUUACUAUUUUACAUUUUUCUUUAAUUAAAGUUUCACCUAACUUUAUUUUUUUUUUUUAGACAUUACAUUAGCAUUUUAUUCAAACAUCUCAAACAUUUUUAUUUAUGUAAUUUAUGUUGAAAAAGUAAAAGACAUGUAUUUGCAUUGUAAUAUAAUGAGUUAUCAGUAAUAUACAUUUAAGAAUAUUAAAUAUACUUUAAAUUUACAUUAAUUUUUCCUUAGGUGAAGAUGUUAAGAUCCAACAGGCUCAACAAUCACAAAUAUCACAGUCUACCUCUCACAUUACAAGGAAAACUGGAAGUGCAAACUUUGGAUUUACAGAGAAAUCAAAGUCAGGUAAGAAAUUACACAUUCUAAAAUUACAUUUUCUUAUACUUAUACCUAAUAAAAUUUAUAUUAGUUUUCUUAAAUCCUUUCUGUACUCUCUUUUCCCAUAAAGGAAUACUUGUUGCUAGGGUUAAUCCAUUCAAAAUGCCUCCUGACAGUGAUAUUUUCUUGCUGCGGGAUAAGGAGAAGCAAAGGAAAUUGCAGGUAGAAGCGAGUAAUACAUUUAGUUUAAUUUUUGUUUUUCUAAGCAUAAGAGAUUUAAAUAAAUGAGCAGUAUCAGUCUAUAAUUAUUUUAUUCUUUUUUAAAAUAUGGACAAAAUAUUAUUCUCUCAUUUAAUGUUAUGCAUAAUGUUAUCUCACUUAAAUGUUAUGAACAAUAUUAUCUCAGUUAAAUGCUAUGAAUAAUGUUGAUUCUUCAAAACAGGAACGAAUGCGACAGAGGGAGCUUAAAGUUCAUGAAAAAACAACAUACAAUUCUCGUGUUUGUUUUCGACCUGCAUCUAUGAUUCAACCUCCAGAAUCUGAAUCAGAAGAAGAAGAGGAGGGGGACAAAACUGUUGCAGUGAAAGAUGAUCCACAGUUCACAAUAGCAAUAACAAGAGGUAAAAGGGGUAUUGGAGGGGUGCAUGUGAUGACAACUUGUACUUUUAAUUGUAAUUGUUUCCUUCUAUUGUUUUGUAUUUCCAAUAAGUCUUUCAAUUGUUUGGAUUAUUUUGUUUUUUAACACAACAGUAAAAUCAAUAUCUGUCUUGUCCAUCCAUUAUUUCGAAAUUUCAAUAAAUGUCUUUGUCAGGAUUUGAAAUAUUGUAUUUAGCAAUACAUGCAGUGUAGCUCUUGCUGUUGAAAUCAAAAUUUAUUAUUAUAAAUACGUAUUUCUCCUUUAUUGGCAUGUUGAGGAAAGUUACCCCCAAGUUGUGUAUUGUGGAGAAUAUUUUAAAUUUUCUUUUGUUGCUGCAGCUUCAUGUUCUUUCUUAUGAAACUCACUUAUCUCUACCUCGGUGAACUCGCCAACCCUGUUAAUUUGACGUUUUUUGAAGUGGAACCGCGCAAUUCUCUCUUUGUCUUAGCUUUUCUGCUCGGUUAUGUCUAUUCUUUUAAGUCGCCAAACCCUGAUAUCUUGAGCACUAAAGUGGCCAAAUUUGCCACUUAACUUCGGUUAUCUCAAUACCUAUGACCAUUCGCCGGCUUUUGAAAAUUAUAUACAGCAGAAACGUGCCUACUUCAAACUGUAGUAAUUGAAAUAAAAUGACAAUAUGUUGUCCGCACAAUUAACUUGACACAGCAAGAAGCGAAGAGCGAGAGGCUUGCAAACAAAAGAGAGAGGCGAGGUUGUAGUACCUGUUCUAUUUAUAAAUAUAGGCGUUCUUAUUAUAGCUGUGCUUAAUAUAAUAGAAAGCUAUUUAAUAAUAGGCUUUGACAUGUUCUUACAUGUUGAUUUUUUAAAAAACCUAGAAUCCUUAUUUGAGCAAGCAAAGCGUUCUUACAUGUUGACUUUUUAAAAAAAAACAGAAUCCGUAUUUGAAUAAACUAAACUGGUGAAUCCGGAGAGGGAGGAAAUAAAAACUCACGAAUCCGGAGCUGAAAAAUAUUUAGCCUCACGAAUCCAGGAUUCCGGGAUAAUCCGGAAAAGUGGCACCCCACAUAUUCCUUGUGUUGUUAGCAAACAUGUAUGUACAUUUUUAUAGCAUCCCGAUCGCUUCAUCAAACAAAUCGUGGUAACGUUGUUGUGUAAAAAAACAACUCCAAAAACCUGUGCAUGUACUUUCUCAUUUAUAAAUGCACAUCAUGUACAUAAAGAGAUUCCAAGCACAUCUUAAUAUAUUGCCGCUAUGUUGGGUUUUGGUUAUCUCCAUCAUCAGUUAUCUCGACGCUUUUUGGUAAACCCCAAGGCCGACGACAUAACCAGGUUCAACUGUAUUGUCAAAAACUUUGGCGGGCUAAAAAGGCUUCAAACCUUCAAUCACUCUUAAAUGAUGGUUUCUAAGAUUUAAAAAGAGAGGUCUUUCAGAUCCCUGCAGUAACUGGCUGUGGGAACCUUUCUAACCCAGCCUAGGAGUGAGUGGUGCUGGAGAAAUCUAAAAAAGUAUAGAGCUAAUUAGAGCUGAAUCAAUUAUACAAGAAAAAAGAUAACAUUUGAUACAUUUAUUUUUCAUUUAAAUUUAUGUAGAUCGUCAUGUUGAAAAGGAGUCAUUGUCAGAAUACAUAGCAAAGAAGCGGGAAAUGUUUCUGGUGCAGGCAAGUUCAAUCAAACAUUUACUCAAAUAGCUAUUUCUGUCGUGCUUUGCUAUGCUAAAAAAACCCAGCAUUAUUUAAACUUUGAGAGUUCAUAUUUAAUUUUGUAGAAAUUAUAAAUAAACCAACAUUUAGAAAAUAUGUCUUACAGAAAAUAUAUAAUUAUUUACAACAAAAGAGUUGCUAUCAUAUCAGUUUCUACAACUAUUCUAUAUUUUAUUCCAUUUCACUUUCUCUCUCUCUCUCUCUCUCUCUCUCUCUCUCUCUCUCUCACUCACCAUAUGCUACUCUCUUAACUAACUAAAACAAAUUUUGAAAAUGUCCAGCCCAAUAUCUAUUAUGCAAUCAAAAUGCCUCUAUAUCACACCCUUUAUUCUCAACCUACCUAUUUUUAACAUAUUGCAAUAAUAGAAUAAAGCUCUUGCUGUGCUGAACCUUAAAAAUGCUCUCUACAAAAGAAUGUGUUUAUUUCAGUCACUUUGUAAGUUAUCUAUUUCAAAUAUAAACCCAAAAUGAAACAAAAAUUGAUUGAAUAGAAAUUUUAACUAAUUAUAUUUUUAUUUAUUAGUAAAAAAAAUCAUCCUUAUGAAAUUGAGUAAAUUAAUGAUAUACUUUCUUCAUUGUAAUGGUGGCAGUUUUGUCAUUUAGCUUGAAACAAAUCAACAUAACUAACAUAAAUGUAUGAGAAGAGCUAAGAAAGGCAAAGCAUUGGGUGCAGGGUGGCCAAGCGGUCUAAACUGUCUCAAACCAAAAUAGUUGGUGGUCUGGAAUUCAAUCCCCACCAAAGCCAACAUCCCAAGCAGCCUGGGUGGAUGGGACUCGUUAGCCUUGGACCCAUCUAAGAGAAGGCAAACUCUGAAUUUAAACCAGGAGCCAGAAUGAUCAACAAAUUGAUCGUGGGCCCCUCAAAUAUAAGAUCCAACAAGCUCACCAAUCACAAAUAUCACAGUCUACCUCUCACAUUACAUGAAAUUUGCAAAGGUCUCAAAGAUUCAGAGAUGGCAUUUUACAUUCUACAUCUCUGUUUCCAACCUACAAAUGACCCAUUGUCCUUGUGCCUUUAUUCAUUUUAAUAGAGCAUGGGAAAAGUUCUGUCUUUUGAUCUUUUGCCAAUGCCAUUUAGAUGGAUAAUUGUGACAGUCUAUAAGGAUAACAAAAAUGUCUCAUUGUUGGUAUCUGUGUUUUACUUGACAGUAUUCCCUUGGAGUUAAGAGAGAUGAAAUGAGAAAAUUAGAAGAGAUUGCACAAGCUGAGGAAAAAAAACUUGAGCUUGCGGAACAAUAUUUAGAGGAAGAUGCUGCAAUGUUUGAUGAAUUUCUUAAAGAAAAUGACAAAAAUUCUGUGGAGGCAAUUAAAAUGUGAGAAUGAGAAUUUCCUUAAUUACUGAUAGAAAAUAUAUUUUACUAUUAUAUUACUUUUCUUGUUUUGUUUUUAAAUAUUUUGAAAAUUUAUUUAAGAAUUCUUUUAUGUACCAUUAACUUUUUAUGGUUUAUAAAGAUUGCUUUAGAAAAUAAGAUUUUGUUUUGUUUCUAAAAUUUACAUGGCCGCAAAGUAUGAACUGGAACAGUAAUAUAAUUAUGAAAAUCAUGAACAUUCAUUAUUUCUUGAAACAUUAUUUUUCCUAAGCCAACAAUUAAACAUCUGCCAUUUCACUGAUAAACAAUAAAAUUGAAAUUUUUAUAUUCAGAGCUGAAGGAGAGGCAAAAAUAAAGAUGGAGAAGGUGAAUGAAAUCAAACGAAUCAAUGCUCAGAUGAUGGCCAUCAAGUCGGAAAUAUCCAAGUAUGAGGAUACUUUAAAAGAAUAUCAGAUGUACAAAGUCUUUCUGGAAUCUUUAAUUCCUUCUGUAAGUGAUGUUCUUUUGUUGUUGUUAUUUGGGGAGAGGGGGGUGACAAAGUGUUUUACAGUAAAAGUAAUUUUAGACACAUGUUCAAUUUUUUUUAAAAGUUGCUUUAUGUUAUAGUUAUUGUAAUCUCAUCUUUUAAUUUCAUGAAAUACUUGAACCUGUUGUAUGUUAAUCCCCCUAGCAUCAUAAACCAGCCAUAAUAUUAGGGACUUUGUAUGUAGGGAACAACUUGUUAAGUAAGCAAACUUUACGUUACUAUGGUAUUUCAAGGGGUGAUAGAAAAUUAAAAGAAAUUUCAUGAUUUGAAUUUGGAAUCUUUUGUUUAAAAACAACAUUCUAAAUAACUGGCAACUAAAAAACCUAUAGCACAGAAUUGUUUUCAACUCAUACAGUUUUUACUCAGUGUUUAUGGGAAAUGAAAUUAAAAAAGUCUGAACAUAAUAAUGAAAGCUGAGAGUAAAAGCCAGGAAACAUCUAACAAAUUAUCUCAAAUCAAUUUAAUUGGUGCUUACAAUUAGUUCAACUCCUAAUCCCUGUGGAUUUCCUCUAACAGCCGUGCAUGUCCUUAUCCCCCCCAUUUUGCACCCCUUUACAUCUUCCUUCUUUCGAAUAAAUGUUAAUAUUAUUUUUUAUUCUUUUUUUAAUUCACAAAAAUAGCAAAGUUAAACUCUGCUCUUUCAUUAUAAACCAAGGGGCUUAAUAACAAUAUUUGAUGAUUUUUAAUUUUUAUAGUUAGAUGGAAACUGAAGAGUAUGUAAGGAAUUAAUGCAUAUAAAUGGAAUUUAAAAAAAAAAGCUAUAUUCCAUUACCUAUGUCUCUUAAAUCACUUAUUAUAGGAGGUCCAAGAGGUGAGAAUGAAAGAGAGAGCCAAAAGACGAGAGGAGAGGUUGAAAGAAAGGGAAAGAGCUGUCUCUAUAAAAUGGCCAUCAGGUCAGCAGUCGUCAAAUUUGUCUGAGACAUCGUCCCUUGUAGCAAUCGGAGGGAGGGCGAAAACAAGUAUUGGCAAAGCCCCUGGGGAUAAAAAAAGGAGUAUACAAGGUACCAAAGAGUAAGUAACUGAUUUUUUAAAUUAACUUUUUAAGAAUCCAGUUUUAAGGUUGUAAGAUGUAACAUGUUGAAAUGUUAUAUUUUAAUUAUUUGACUGUUGACCAAUCGUAUCUCCAGAGUUGCCUCCGGGGAGCAGCGGGUCAUAAAAAAUUAAACACCUUUAUUUGUACUAAGAGCUUUUGAUUUAAAUCAAAAUUAUUUUCAGCUCCUAUUAUAAAUAAUAUUAUUUCUUUGAAAUACUCCAUCAUUUAUGGUGAUUCAACAUUUCUUAUUAAGUAUUCACAUGAAGAAGCUAUAACACUGCAAUCUAGUUUCAUUUAAUUCCAUCUGUAUAAUCUCUAAUGGCCAUUGCCACAAAACUCAGAUGUAAAACUUUCAUAACUCACCAAUAGUAUUGUCCUAUCUUGUUUCAAUCAUAAAACUAAAAUCUGGCAACUGAUUCCUGGGUAUAUUCAAUCAUCACCAGGCUGAAACUUUUAUUUUUGUAUAAAUGUUUGGAUUCUACUUUAUUGGACCACUGGCUGAAAUGGUUACUGUAUCAGUUUAUUUGUGAAAUAAUGAAAUAAAUUGGGAAAAAAACUACCACAUUGAACUCUUGUAGAUGAUAAUUCUAAAAUUAAUUCUCAAAGACAGAACCACGAAGAAACCCUAUACAUUAAAAUAGUUCCAAAUGAGACCAACUUUUUGAUUACACAUAUUAAUUUUCACAAAUGGGAGUGAUGCUCUUACACAGGAAGUGAAAUUAACCAUAUUUCGGACAAGACUCAAAUGGGAUAGGACGCCAACAUGAAACUGGAUAAGCAAGUCCAGCCACACAACCAUAUACAAGAAUUGUGUGCCAAAGCCACAACUAAGCUGAGUAUGGUGAAGAAAUAGGCACGCACUAACUUGUGAGCCGUGCAAAUCUCCUAAGAGCUCUUUAUAUUGGGAGCAUGAGAGUACCACUGAUUACAGCCUCCUGGUCCAGGCCUUUGUAAGACAAACAGUUCUUGCUCUUCAUUUUUGUGUGGUGGAAUGAUACCGCAAACCAGACCUGCUUCCAAUUACCAAUGGGUAAAGCAAGUGAGUUUAAAAAGACUCCUUUAUGGAUGUGAUCAAUGAAUUGGGGAAAAACCUUCCAAUACCUAAGAGCAGUUAAAAAAAUGCAUCUAUACCCAACACAGGGCCCACAGGAAUAUUUUAAUCUCUCUUACUGGCAAAUGCAGCGGUGACAUAGACAAGUCCCCCAGAAGCUCUAAAGAUGAUAGCCGCUUUCACAGACAAAGUGAUCAAAAUCUGUACCAACAGCUCAUGUUUUGCAAAUGAGAACCGAGCUAGAUAUUGUUCACUCAUAGAGUACCCAGGAGGGUACCUUCACCAGAGGAGAUUUUAAUGCCCAUGACUCAACUGGGAGUCAAAGCCUGGCUCAAAGAAGCCUGGCUCAAAGAAGCCUGGCUCAAAGAAGCCUGACUCAAAGAAGCCUGACUCAAAGAAGCCUGGCUCAAAGAAGCCUGACUCAAAGAAGCCUGACUCAAAGAAGCCUGGCUCAAAGAAGCAUGACUCAAAGACCAGUUUUGUGAAAAGUGACUUAAAGGCUGAGGAGACAUAGCAGGAAAGCUCCAUUGCAACAUGCAGGGAGGGGGUAAGAGAGACCCCUGGUGGAAACUGGCAUGUGGCAAAUAAAGCCUUAUAAAACAGCUGCCUACAAAGCACUGUUGGACAUGUAGCUAUCUACAAAGACUCAAUUAGGGAUCCUUACUGCUGGCUCUGUAGCCUGGCCACUGAAAAGGUAUUAUACCUAAUCCAUGAGUGCCCUGAUAUGGAGAGGAGGGAUGUGGGGAGGGGCUCGACAGGUCAGACCUGGUAACCUGUGUUAAUUGUUUAAUAUUUGGUGACUGCCACUUCAUGAGGCUUGCCUGUGAUGUGCUGCCCAAAGUUAUACGAGUCUAGGCUUAACAUUACAAGAGAAUUGAUCAUUUAAGAUCAUAUUGGGAAUGUAGUAUUUUUAUAAAUGCAAACUAAAAAAAUGAACCUUGCAAUAUCUGUGAAAACAAUACACUUCAUUUGUUCAAGACUUUUGAUUUAUCACAUUUUUAAAAUCUGUUUUCUUAUCUUAUCCAUACUUUAAAAGCGAAAAUAAGGAAGCUUUGGCCUCUUUUGUAGUAGAGAAGUACACUUUUAUUUUAUAUUUGUUAAAGAUGUUUCUUAAUCAGCUUAUUCAGGGCUUAGAGAGUGCUGCAGAUAAUAUCAAAUAAAACACCUAAUUCUUAUACUUAUAUAUGAAUGAAAAUAAUGUAAAAAUAAAAGUUUAAUUAAGUGGAUUCUUUAGGCUGUUGGGCUUGAGAUUUUUUAUUAUCUGCAGCAUUGCUUUUUCUGUCCCUGAUACUGAUAUGUUUGUUAAUUUUUUUUCAGGUUCAUUAGUUUGAUUUUAUUUGUUUAUCAUAUGGGUACUUUACAAUUAUUUUAAUAUAUUUUACCAAUUUAAAACCAACUCAAUAUAUAGUUGUAUGACAAUAGACAGAAGUAUUUAAAUUUUGAAUCAAAGGAGUCUAACAUUUUUUCCUUUCCCCAUCUCAGAUAAAUUGUUGGCCAUUUGAUUAAAACAGGUGAAGACAGAAAUAGUAGAAAUAAACAAUCAGCAAUGUGUCUUUAGUUCAGUAGCCAGUAGGGUGAGAUGAAGUACUGCUUCCUCAAGAGUCAUUAAAGAUAAAGUAGAUUUAUUGGAAGAAAAAAAAAUGUGAAGAGGGAAAAACACUUUUUCAUGUUUAUGUUUGAUGUAAAUAAUUCCAUAAUAUGGCUGAGCUACUCCAUAAUAUAGCUGAGCUACUCCAUAAUAUGGCAGAGUCCCUCCAUAAUAUGGCUGAGCUACACCAAGAUAUGGCUGAGCUACUCCAUAAUAUGGUUGAGCUGAUCCAUAAUAUGGCUGAGCUACUCCAUAAUAUGGCUGAGCUACUCCAUAAUAUGGCUGAGCUACUCCAUAAUAUGACUGAGCUACUCCACUAUAUGGUUGAGUCCCUCCAUAAUAUGGCUGAGCUACUCCAAAGUAAGGCUGAGCUACUCCAAAGUAUGGCUGAGCAACUCCAUAAUAUGGCUGAGCCACUCCAUAAUAUGGCUGAGCUACUCCAAAGUAAGGCUGAGCUACUCCAAAGUAUGACUGAGCUACUCCAAAGUAUGGCUGAGCUACCCCAUAAUAUGGCUGAGCUACUCCAUAAUAUGGCUGAGUCACUCCAUAAUAUGACUGAGCUACUCCAUAAUCUGGCUGAGCUACUCCAUAAUAUGGCUGAGUCACUCCAAAAUAUGGCUGAGCUACUCCAUAAUAUGGCUAAAUCACUCUGUCUAUUUUCAUACUUGAACGUGGAUGAGCUUUACUUCAUUUUUGAACAAUGUGAAAAUAAUCAUAAAAUAAAACUAAUAGAAAGAUAAUGUUUUAAGUAUUUCUUAGAAAAUGUUGUGAUUCUAGUCAAACAAAAUGUCAAAGGCAUAUUUUAAGCUUUUCUUUGAAAUUUUAAAAUAAAGUAGUAAAUAUUUAUACUUAUGUAUAUAGAUUUAUAAAAAUUUGUAGGUUUUUCAUGUUUUUUUUGUGUGUUUUAGAGACUAAGAGACUAAUACCAUUUUUUUUCCAGUAAAAAAGUAGAUGAGCUUGAUGAGGAUAAUUUGGGGCCUGACAUAGAUGAUAGUGAUGAGGUAAAUAGAGAUAUUAUUUUCAAUAUGGAAAAUAACUCAGAAAGGCAUUUGACUGGUUCUGCCAAGUGAUGCAAAAGAAUUGACUGCUGUUAUUAUACUAAGAACCUAAAAGGGAAUCCCCAGAUAUUUGAUGGCAGAUUACAGGCUUGUAACCAGUUGGGAGUGGGGGUUGAAGAUAACAUAAUUGAAUAGAAGGAACGGAGAAUCUUGAUUAACAAAAGGAAAUUUCUUUUAAUUUUUUUCAUCAAUUUUUUUUAACAAGUCCCUUUAAUGACAACCUGUUAAGAUUGAAAUCUUUCAAAAAGACAAAAUAUAAAAUAAACUGAAACAAAUAAAUGCUAAUGCCGUCAAAUUGGAAAACAGGCAUAAAAAGUUUUUAAUUAUGAGUUAAAAUAUUAUUAAAGUAAAAUUUAAACAUAAACAAAUCUCACUGAUACAUUAAAGAAUGUGUAAUUUUAAAAAUUUUGUUCCCACUUUAUGUCCCAUUCCAGGAGAUGGAUUUAUACUUCACUGAUCCACAACAACUUUUAGAGAUCUUUGCUGAGCUGGAAGAACAGAACUUGUCCUUAAUUCAAAAUAGUCAAGAGACUGAAGAAGCCUUAGAGGAAAUGAAACACACAAUCAAAGAGACUAAAAUCAAAAUGUUUGUUAAUAUCAUUGAUUGAAUUCAUGAUGCUUGCUGUAAUUUAAAGAUUUAACAUACACAGUUUUUUUUUCCUUCUGUUUUAAGUCAUUUAAUUUACCAUUCAAAAUCAUAUACCCGGUAUUCUUUGUAAAUUCUUACAAAAUAUACAUUUUCAAUUAAUUAUCUUUUGCCUUUAUAUUUCUUCUAUCUAGUAGUUUCCAAUCCAUUAAAUGAAUUUUUUUUUCUUUAAUUUUUUUUGUUGAUUUUAAUAAUAAAAUUCCUUACCUACAAAAUAGGCAUGACUCUUAAAAAAAUUCAAGAUACAAUCGCUUAAUGCUAAAAUUAUGCUUGAAUGUUAACUUGAAGCAUAUCUUUUUAAAGCUGACUCCGUCUUUGACUUCUUUGUAAUUUGAUUAUAUACAGGGAAAUGGAAACUAAAACACUGAAGGAACAAAUUGAUAAGCUGCAGGCACAGAUACAAAAAGAGGAGGCGAAAGCAGCAGAGCUUAAAAUGAAAGCCAGGUCAGAAUAUAAUGUUAAUCCACUGGGUGUAUCCAUUACAUUCAGCCCAAAUCAGCCCCAUUUCAAUAUAUUUCUCAAUCCUGCAUAUUAUGUUAGCACGUCAUAGAAAAUGCAUGUUUUCCUUUAAACUGCACAAUUCUUUAAACAUAUAUUUAUUAUAUAAUUAUCAUUAUUUGUUUAAAAAGAAUGUUCAACUAUGGAGAAUUCAAGGCAGAGGAUGACCAGGAACAGAAGCUUGGAGAGUUGAAUAAAAAAGUUGAAGAGGUUUACAGAAGUUGUAUUGGUGACAACGAAGCGAAUAUCAGGUUCGUGAUAAUAUUGGGCAAUUAUGAUAUGAGUGCUAACAUGUGGCAAUUAUGAUGUGAUUCAUAAUGUGGGACAUUUAUGAUUUGAGUGAUAACUACAGUGGGGCAGUUAUGAUGUUUGUGCAAAUAAUGGAACACUUUAUGUGAAAAUAGACAAGGACACAGAUGGUUCAAAUUUCGGGUAUUUAAACAGUGUACCUCAAUGUUGUCUUAAAUCAUUAAGAUAGUAAAAAUAUUCCUGCACAAUUAGCGAAACACUUUGUUUUAAAAUUUAUAUGUACUCUUUGUUGCUGUAAAUAUAAACUGUUUGGAUUCGUCUCUAAAUUUUAUAUUUAAUUUUUUCACCCCAACAGCACCUUACAGAUGUUGACCAAUAUAGAGAACAGAUUAGAAGAGUUAUUUGAAAUGAUAGAAACAAUGCCACAAGAUAAAGUUGAGGCAGCCGAGAAGGUAUUUAGACUCUUUGUGUGCAAACUUUCCAAGUUUUGUGUGCCACAAGCCAUUUCUAUUGGGUUGUCAGUAUUAUUGUAUUACUAGCCUAUAUACCCGGCGUGGACCCCAUCCUGGUUUGACCCCCGAUCGGAUUUCUGACACCGAUCUUGGCGAAGUCCCGUCUCCGGGUGUGAUCCCGAUCCCGGUGGAUCCACUCAAAAUUAGGAUCCUGAUCCCUUAGAUCCCACUAUAUAUCCCCUUGUAACAAUUAGAACUUUCUGGGGUAUUCUAGAUUGAAUUUAAUAACCUGCUAGAAACAUGCGAUAAAAAUCUUCAACAAAUGCCAAUAUUUUAAUCCUUUUUCUUUUAAGUUAAUCAAGGGGCCGGGGGGGGGGGGGGGGGGGGCAUUCCAUAACUGUACCGAUUUAGUUAUGCCUGAGAUAGGGGGAUCUAUAAAUAUCAGAUGGGUAAAUAAUAAGAGUUAAAAUUUAAAAUUUGUCCCAUUAAAAUCGGUUUAAAAAUGCCAUAGAUAUAGCUUUUUAUAAUUAUUGAACAUUCUAGAUUGGAUAUUCUUAGUUUUAAAACCACUGAUAUGCUAAUAAGGACAAUGAAGUCUAUUUAUACCAAGCUAGGCUGAUAUAUUCCUCAAUUUACUUAGAACCUAUAGUGUUGUCUAAACCUGUUGAUAUUUAUAUAGCUUAUAUAAGGAAAAAUGAAAUGGGGCCCACAGCCCCAGAGGGAUGGAUAUUAUGAGGUCAGUACCCUUCAGAUUUUUUAGUAUGGAUAAUCAAGUGCAUGUGUACUAAGUUCGGUCAAGAUCCAUCUAUGGAUGUAGGAGUACAUGUUAUUAAUUUUAUUUAAAUAGCCCCCGGCCCCAAACGGAAUGUUAUAAAAACUUCAUAACCCCUUAAGAGUUCCUUCUGGAUCAUAAUGGAUAUAUGUGCCUAGUUUGGUCAAGAUUCAUCAAUCCAUGUAAAAGCCUUUGUGGAACAAAGCCACAAACACAGCCACAAACAUUCACUUUUAUAUAUAUUAUAUAUGAUAUGAAUAUCAGAAAAACCAUUUUCAGAUUUAUUAUUUAAAAAAAUAAAGUGUCUUUGACUGAUGUAUUUAACCACCUGAUUUUUUUUACAAAAUCCAUUCUUUUAAUUAUAAAAAAGGGGUUAAGUUACCCAAAAUGAGCUUACUACUUUUGUUGUUUAGUAUGAGAGCUUUCUCUGCAAAUGAUGCACUAAGUUUGUGACGUAGUAAUGGGAAUAUAUUAUCAGAUUUAAAAUUUGUUGUUUUAAAAAGGAGUUUUCUAAAAUAUUGCAACUGCUCAUUCUUUAAGAGUUUAAUUUAUAUUUCUCUGUUUAUAAUAAUUAAAACUACACAUUUUCAAAUACAAUUAUUUGUAAGGAACAUGGUUCGAUAAUGUAUUUAAAUUUUGUGAACAGGCAAAGGACAAAGAAAGAAGAUUAAAGAUGAGGGAAGAAAAGAUGGAGCAGCUGAGAUUACAUCAAGAGGAGAGAGUCAGAAAAGCUUUGGAGAGAGCUCAGGCAGAACCAAAAAAGAAGGUGAACAUUAUGGGGACAUUAACCCUUUCUUAAUUUUAUUGACAGUUUUCUACUUAAAUCAAUGUUCUUAAAAACUAUAUCAAUUCUAGUAAGAACUUAAUUUUAAAAAGUGUGUUUAAAGCUAUACUUUGAAAGUUAAGUACAAAACUAAAAUCCAUUUCAUCAGCUUGAGGAAAGAAAUGUAAAAUAUGUGAAGUUAAAUUUCAAGGGUGUUUAACUAUUGUAAUUAUCUUUCCUUGAAAACAGACGGGCAAGAAACUAGUAUUCAGAUCAGAACCACCUAUGCUGAAGAAGAAAGAGGAUGAAGGUGCAGACCAGGCAUCUAGAGAAGAGGAGGAGUUACAGUAUUACUUUGCCUGGUAGUUCACUAUUGGGCACACACAUUCAAACAGGGAAUGUUUCCACCCUGAGGUCACCCUGACAUUACAGAUGCAAUACAAAUAAGUAUGCACAUUUUAAUAUGGGAAUCAGUUGCUGUGUUUGCAAGUGAUCUAAACCUAAACCAAAAACUUUAAGUAAUGUUGCAGUUUUGAUCUGAUGCUGAAAUUUUGCACAUUGUUUACAGGCCUCAUUGAAAGUUUCUAUGGUAGAAAUGCUGUAGUGAUGUGAACUUUUUCAUAGUAACUUGUAACUAAAUCUCAGAGAUAAAAUUCUUGGUGGACCUAGUUAUUUAUAGAUAAAUAUUUGAUUUAAAACAUAUCCAAGGGUUGUUAUUUAUUGGAAUUUAAUGAUAGUAUAACGAUGUUGAAUUUUAAAUAACUUUGAGCAAUAAGAACAUUUUAAAUACCAUAUGGAGUAUAGGCUGGACUUUGUUUUCGCUACAGUAUUAGUCUUUAAAAUAAAAGAGGGCCGAUCUUUAAGGAUGCCCUUUAUAAUCUGGAGCAGCUUAUAUGGAGAUAACUUAUCUCAAUAUGAUAUUUUUAUGAGCAGUUAUUCCAUAAAUUUUUAUGUUCAUGAUAAUUUGAUUCCACAGUGAACAAAAUGGAAUUUCAUAAACUUGGGUGUUUAGGAAUUACUUGAUUCAUACCGGAAAAUUAAAAAACUAAACAUCUCUCAGAAGCUGAAUAAGUGUAGUUGGUAAGAUAAAUAUUUAUGCCUCUUUAAUACUAAUAAUACUUGCGAGCUCUACAUUGUAGGAAAUAUCUUACUGCCACAAAAAGUUAUGGAGUUUGUAACUCACACUAAAAAUAUUAGUUUCACAUCACAGUGAAUAUUAAACAUGCUAUAGGUUCUGAUUUGUUUUAAAUGUCCAUAAUAAAAGGAAGUUGAAAAUGUGCAAUUAAGACAACCUCUCUGGAAUAAACUGAAAAUGAAUCAGAUCUAAAGUACAUGUGUAUAUUUGAUUAGCAUCUUUUCUACCUUGAAAAAGCUUCAGGUAUUGUUUAAAAAAUUUAAGUGAUACUGCUUACAUUUUGUAUAUGUUUUUAUAAUGAUAAGAUUAUUUUCCUGAUCCCUUAUAUUUUGACAUUUAAAUAAAUUAUAUAAAUUAUACCAUUAUCUGAUGCAUUUUUUUGCUCUAUUGGAUCUGUUUUAAAAAUGUGGCCAUCAAAUAAAAUUAAUUACCUUAUAUUAAUAUUACCCUGGUAAAUACCACAGGGCAUUACAAUCA